AUGAAAGAGAAACAGGAGGUUGUCCAGAACAUACAAACGGUGAUUGAUAUGGCAACUCUUCAUCCAACAUUGCUCCGGCAUAUCAUCAACGUGCUAUGGUUCUCCAAGGACAAGAAGUCCUCUUUCUUAGAAAACCAAUGUGACAGAAGCGUCUUUUGGACCUCAUGGGAGGACGAUCACUUCAAGUGGAAGCUGUCACUGUCCUUGGUCUGCCGUCUGUUCCUCCGAAUCGUUGCAUCACUCAACACUCGCAUCAGGAUGGGGUCCAAAGAUCUCACUGACUACAUCAUCAGAACAAAGUCUGACACAACACUGUUCUUGAUCAACAACAUAACGCAUCUCUACAUUUCCACUUUUGCUCGAGGCACUCAGAAGUGGCCAAACCUAGAGGCCAACUCUGUCGACGCCAGCUGCUUCAUCGCUCAUGUCAAGAAGUUGCUGUUCAACCUGCAAGAGAUCACAGCACCCCUAUCCUUCAUCCUCCUUCUUGAGCGUGUCUAUGAGGUCACAGCGAACAGGCAUCGCAUCAUCUUGGAUAAUCAUCAUGACCCUCCCCUCACAAACACUCUGGCACUGCUCGAUCAGGGCACCACUCAUCAGCCCUCGUCAGUGGCAAUCUUGGGCCAUCUGAUGUACAACAUCCAUCCCCAAGUCGACCGUAUCCUGCAGUGCAGCCACUAUCUCGGUUCCAACAUUGUCUCACUCAAGUUGGCCGAUGGCGACAUCGAGGUCGCGCCUCUGCUGAUGGAGUACAUCGUUCUCAACUCACAACUCUUCUUUGUGGACGUUCUCCUCGGUCGUCUGGUCAAUCUGCAGAGUCUGUCGCUGAUCAAUUCGUCGUGCAGUGGAUCAUCCAUGAUCGAUGAUCAUGCGCCCAGGGUCGGUUCCCUCGACAUUGAGCAGCCCAACAAUGGCCAACCAGAUGUCUAUGUCAACAUGCUGACCUUCCUCAAACAGCACCAGGCGCUGAAUCGCCUGCGAAUGGAGUCUUACUGCAUCGGCGUGCUUGGCUAUCCUGUGAUACAGUUCCUGCUCCAGUCGAGUGAGCACCGGAUCGAUCGGCUGCGAAUCAACUCGCGCAUCAUCGUGCCCUGUGGCCGGCCGUUCAAAGUGUUGCACAUCAAUCGUAUGUUUCCUGACGUUCUUUCAGAUGUCAAGUGGAGAUGGUCAUGGCACGACUCGUUGAGUUGCCACACCAAUAGCAGUAACGACUGCGAGCACGACAUCCACGAGCUCCAAGAGUUCAAGCAGUUGGUGAGGCAGUCACUCGCCCCAUACCAAGUCGGCUGGGACUUGUUUGACUACAAUGACGAUGAAGACGAUUGUGACCACUCAUGCAUUCGAUCGUAA